AACAAUGCUUAAUUCAGAUAUUGAGAACAUAAAAGCAAUAUUGUUAAAUGAAUACGACUACAUAGAGAAAACCGAUCAAAAUAUACAAAUUUCAAAAGUAGAGGGCAAAAUACAAUUAAUAACAUAUAAGCUCCUCGAACUAUGCCAAAAACUAAAAGAAGUUUCUGGAGUCAAGGCCGAAAAGGUAUCUGAAGUUGAAGCGCAAAAGGCGAAGCUUCUGGAAAAAAAAGAGAUUGAGGAACAAAAACUCGAUGCUAAGAAGAAGAAGCCAGAGGAUAAAGAUAUCGACAAGAAAGCGGACAAAGCAGAAGUUUCUGAAGUCAAGGCCGAAAAGGUAUCUGAAGAGCAUGUUGAUGAAUCCAAGAAGGCUGUCAUCGAAGACGUUGAAGUUGAAGCGCAAAAGGCAAAGGUUCUAGAAAAGCAAGAGAUUGAGGAACAAAAACUCGAUGCUAAGAAGAAGAAACCAGAGGAUAAAGAUAUCGACAAGAAAGCGGACAAAGCAGAAGUUUCUGAAGUGAAGGCCGAAAAGAUAUCUGAAGAGCAUGUUGAUGAAUCCAAGAAGGCUGCCAUCGAAGACGUCGAAGUUGAAGCGCAAAAGGCAAAGGUUCUAGAAAAGCAAGAGAUUGAGGAACAAAAACUCGAUGCUAAGAAGAAGAAGCCAGAGGAUAAAGAUAUCGACAAGAAAGCGGACAAAGCAGAAGUUUCUGAAGUCAAGGCCGAAAAGAUAUCUGAAGAGCAUGUUGAUGAAUCCAAGAAGGCUGCCAUCGAAGAUGCCGAAGCUGAGGCCCAAAAGGCGAAGCUUCUGGAAAAGCAAGAGAUUGAAGAACAAAAACUCGAUGCUAAGAAGAAGAAACCAGAGGAUAAGGAUAUCGACAAGAAAGCGGACAAAGCAGAAGUUUCUGAAGUCAAGGUCGAAACGGUAUCUGAAGAGCAUGUUGAUGAAUCCAAGAAGGCUGCCAUCAAAGAUGCCGAAGCUGAGGCCCAAAAGGCGAAGCUUCUGGAAAAGCAAGAGAUUGAGGAACAAAAACUCGAUGCUAAGAAGAAGAAACCAGAGGAUAAAGAUAUCGACAAGAAAGCGGACAAAGCAGAAGUUUCUGAAGUCAAGGCCGAAAAGAUAUCUGAAGAGCAUGUUGAUGAAUCCAAGAAGGCUGCCAUCGAAGACGUCGAAGUUGAAGUGCAAAAGGCAAAGGUUCUAGAAAAGCAAGAGAUUGAGGAACAAAAACUCGAUGCUAAGAAGAAGAAGCCAGAGGAUAAAGAUAUCGACAAGAAAGCGGACAAAGCAGAAGUUUCUGAAGUCAAGGCCGAAAAGGUAUCUGAAGAGCAUGUUGAUGAAUCCAAGAAGGCUGCCAUCGAAGAUGCCGAAGCUGAGGCCCAAAAGGCGAAGCUUCUGGAAAAGCAAGAGAUUGAGGAACAAAAACUCGAUGAUAAUAAGAAGAAACCAGAGGAUAAAGAUAUCGACAAGAAAGCGGACAAAGCAGAAGUUUCUGAAGUCAAGGUCGAAACGGUAUCUGAAGAGCAUGUUGAUGAAUCCAAGAAGGCUGCCAUCAAAGAUGCCGAAGCUGAGGCCCAAAAGGCGAAGCUUCUGGAAAAGCAAGAGAUUGAGGAACAAAAACUCGAUGAUAAUAAGAAGAAACCAGAGGAUAAAGAUAUCGACAAGAAAGCGGACAAAGCAGAAGUUUCUGAAGUCAAGGCCGAAAAGAUAUCUGAAGAGCAUGUUGAUGAAUCCAAGAAGGCUGCCAUCGAAGACGUCGAAGUUGAAGCGCAAAAGGCAAAGGUUCUAGAAAAGCAAGAGAUUGAGGAAAAAAAACUCGAUGCUAAGAAGAAGCCAGAGGUUAAAGAUAUCGACAAGAAAGCGGACAAAGCAGAAGUUUCUGAAGUCAAGGCCGAAAAGGUAUCUGAAGAGCAUGUUGAUGAAUCCAAGAAGGCUGCCAUCGAAGACGUCGAAGUUGAAGCGCAAAAGGCAAAGGUUCUAGAAAAGCAAGAGAUUGAGGAACAAAAACUCGAUGCCAAGAAGAAGAAACCAGAGGAUAAAGAUAUCGACAAGAAAGCGGACAAAGCAGAAGUUUCUGAAGUCAAGGCCGAAAAGGUAUCUGAAGAGCAUGUUGAUGAAUCCAAGAAGGCUGCCAUCGAAGAUGCCGAAGCUGAGGCCCAAAAGGCGAAGCUUCUGGAAAAGCAAGAGAUUGAGGAACAAAAACUCGAUGCUAAGAAGAAGAAACCAGAGGAUAAGGAUAUCGACAAGAAAGCGGACAAAGCAGAAGUUUCUGAAGUCAAGGCCGAAAAGGUAUCUGAAGAAUAUGUUGAUGAAUCCAAGAAGGCUGCCAUCGAAGACGUCGAAGUUGAAGCGCAAAAGGCAAAGGUUCUAGAAAAGCAAGAGAUUGAGGAACAAAAACUCGAUGCUAAGAAGAAGCCAGAGGUUAAAGAUAUCGACAAGAAAGCGGACAAAGCAGAAGUUUCUGAAGUCAAGGCCGAAAAGGUAUCUGAAGAGCAUGUUGAUGAAUCCAAGAAGGCUGCCAUCGAAGACGUCGAAGUUGAAGCGCAAAAGGCAAAGGUUCUAGAAAAGCAAGAGAUUGAGGAACAAAAACUCGAUGCCAAGAAGAAGAAACCAGAGGAUAAAGAUAUCGACAAGAAAGCGGACAAAGCAGAAGUUGCUGAAGUCAAGGCCGAAAAGGUAUCUGAAGAGCAUGUUGAUGAAUCCAAGAAGGCUGCCAUCGAAGAUGCCGAAGCUGAGGCCCAAAAGGCGAAGCUUCUGGAAAAGCAAGAGAUUGAGGAACAAAAACUCGAUGCUAAGAAGAAGAAACCAGUGGAUAAAGAUAUCGACAAGAAAGCGGACAAAGCAGAAGUUGCUGAAGUCAAGGCCGAAAAGGUAUCUGAAGAGCAUGUUAAUGAAUCCAAGAAGGCUGCCAUCGAAGACGUCGAAGUUGAAGCGCAAAAGGCAAAGGUUCUAGAAAAGCAAGAGAUUGAGGAACAAAAACUCGAUGCUAAGAAGAAGAAGCCAGAGGAUAAAGAUAUCGACAAGAAAGCGGACAAAGCAGAAGUUUCUGAAGUCAAGGCCGAAAAGAUAUCUGAAGAGCAUGUUGAUGAAUCCAAGAAGGCUGCCAUCAAAGAUGCCGAAGUUGAAGCGCAAAAGGCAAAGGUUCUAGAAAAGCAAGAGAUUGAGGAACAAAAACUCGAUGCUAAGAAGAAGAAGCCAGAGGAUAAAGAUAUCGACAAGAAAGCGGACAAAGCAGAAGUUUCUGAAGUCAAGGCCGAAAAGGUAUCUGAAGAGCAUGUUGAUGAAUCCAAGAAGGCUGCCAUCGAAGACGUCGAAGUUGAAGCGCAAAAGGCUAAGGUUCUAGAAAAGCAAGAGAUUGAGAAACAAAAACUCGAUGCCAAGAAGAAGAAACCAGAGGAUAAAGAUAUCGACAAGAAAGCGGACAAAGCAGAAGUUUCUGAAGUCAAGGCCGAAAAGGUAUCUGAAGAGUAUGUUGAUAAGUCCAAGAAGGCUGCCAUCAAAGAUGCCGAAGUUGAAGCGCAAAAGGCAAAGGUUCUAGAAAAGCAAGAGAUUGAGGAACAAAAGCUCGAUGCUAAGAAGCAGAAACCAGAGGAUAAAGAUAUCGACAAGAAAGCGGACAAAGCAGAAGUUUCUGAAGUCAAGGCCGAAAAGGUAUCUGAAGAGCAUGUUGAUGAAUCCAAGAAGGCUGCCAUCAAAGAUGCCGAAGCUGAGGCCCAAAAGGCGAAGCUUCUGGAAAAGCAAGAGAUUGAGGAACAAAAACUCGAUGCUAAGAAGAAGAAACCAGUGGAUAAGGAUAUCGACAAGAAAGCGGACAAAGCAGAAGUUUCUGAAGUCAAGGCCGAAAAGGUAUCUGAAGAAUAUGUUGAUGAAUCCAAGAAGGCUGCCAUCGAAGACGUCGAAGUUGAAGCGCAAAAGGCAAAGGUUCUAGAAAAGCAAGAGAUUGAGGAACAAAAGCUCGAUGCUAAGAAGCAGAAACCAGAGGAUAAAGAUAUCGACAAGAAAGCGGACAAAGCAGAAGUUUCUGAAGUCAAGGCCGAAAAGGUAUCUGAAGAGCAUGUUGAUGAAUCCAAGAAGGCUGCCAUCAAAGAUGCCGAAGCUGAGGCCCAAAAGGCGAAGCUUCUGGAAAAGCAAGAGAUUGAGGAACAAAAACUCGAUGCCAAGAAGAAGAAACCAGAGGAUAAAGAUAUCGACAAGAAAGCGGACAAAGCAGAAGUUUCUGAAGUCAAGGCCGAAAAGGUAUCUGAAGAGCAUGUGGUUGAAUCCAAGAAGGCUGCCAUCGAAGACGUCGAAGUUGAAGCGCAAAAGGCGAAGCUUCUGGAAAAGCAAGAGAUUGAGGAACAAAAACUUGAUGCCAAGAAGAAGAAACCAGAGGAUAAAGAUAUCGACAAGAAAGCGGAGAAAGCAGAAGUUUCUGAAGUCAAGGCCGAAAAGGUAUCUGAAGAGCAUGUUGAUAAAUCCAAGAAGGCUGCCAGCAAAGAUGCCGAAGCUGAGGCCCAAAAGGCGAAGCUUCUGGAAAAGCAAGAGAUUGAAGAACAAAAACUCGAUGCUAAGAAGAAGAAACCAGAGGAUAAGGAUAUCGACAAGAAAGCGGACAAAGCAGAAGUUUCUGAAGUCAAGGUCGAAACGGUAUCUGAAGAGCAUGUUGAUGAAUCCAAGAAGGCUGCCAUCAAAGAUGCCGAAGCUGAGGCCCAAAAGGCGAAGCUUCUGGAAAAGCAAGAGAUUGAGGAACAAAAACUCGAUGCCAAGAAGAAGAAACCAGAGGGUAAAGAUAUCCACAAGAAAGCGGACAAAGCAGAAGUUGCUGAAGUCAAGGCCGAAAAGGUAUCUGAAGAGCAUGUUGAUGAAUCCAAGAAGGCUGCCAUCAAAGAAGUUGAAGAUGAAACGCAAAAGGCGAAGCUUCUGGAAAAGCAAGAGAUUGAGGAACAAAAACUCGAUGCCAAGAAGAAGAAACCAGAGGAUAAAGAUAUCGACAAGAAAGCGAAGAAAGCAGAAGUUUCUGAAGUCAAGGCCGAAAAGGUAUCUGAAGAGCAUGUUGAUGAAUCCAAGAAGGCUGCCAUCAAAGAUGCCGAAGUUGAAGCGCAAAAGGCAAAGGUUCUAGAAAAGCAAGAGAUUGAGGAACAAAAACUCGAUGCUAAGAAGAAGAAGCCAGAGGAUAAAGAUAUCGACAAGAAAGCGGACAAAGCAGAAGUUUCUGAAGUCAAGGCCGAAAAGGUAUCUGAAGAGCAUGUUGAUGAAUCCAAGAAGGCUGCCAUCAAAGAUGCCGAAGCUGAGGUCCAAAAGGCGAAGCUUCUGGAAACGCAAGAGAUUGAGGAACAAAAACUCGAUGAUAAUAAGAAGAAACCAGAGGAUAAAGAUAUCCACAAGAAAGCGAAGAAAGCAGAAGUUUCUGAAGUUAAGGCCGAAAAGGUAUCUGAAGAGCAUGUUGAUGAAUCCAAGAAGGCUGCCAUCAAAGAAGUUGAAGAUGAAACGCAAAAGGCGAAGAUUUUGGAAAAGCAAGAAAUUGAGGAACAAAAACUCGAUUCUAAGAAAACCAAACAGAAAGAUAAGGAUAUAAAGGAAAAAGCGGACAAAACAGAAGUUUCUGAAGUCAAGGCCAAAAAGGUAUCUGAAGAGCAUGUUGAUGAAUCCAAGAAGGCGAAGCUUCUGGAAAAGCAAGAGAUUGAGGAACAAAAACUCGAUGCCAAGAAAGUGGGCAAAGCAGAAGUUUCUGAAGUCGAAGCCAAAAAGGUAUCCGAAGAGCAUGUUGAUGAAUUCAAGAAGGACACCGUCAGAGACGUUGAAGCUGAAGCGCAAAAGGCGAAGAUUUUGGAAAAGCAAGAGAUUGAGGAACAAAAGCUUGAUGCUAAGAAAACCAAAAAAUCAGAUAAGGAUUUCGGCGAGAGAGAAGAUAAAGCAGACGUUUCUGAAGUUCAUGAAGCAGUUCCCAUUUCCUAUCGUACUAUUGAUUCGGAAUACAAGGAUAAAAAGGUGGCCCGCAGUGCUAGGAGAAAGCCAACAGUAGAUUUUGCGUUAACAAACCGUAACUCAGCUACAGGAAGUGAUCUCAAGCUAAGUUGUGGCAUAUCUGGACUGGAUAUAAAUGUGCAAUGGUUUAAAGAAAAUAUUAUUGUUGAAAAUAGCACAAGGUACAAAAAGACUCUAAAGGAUGGACUUUCAACUCUUGAAAUUACAUCAGCUGAACUAGAGGACUCUGGUAUUUAUCGAUGCAUAGCGUCUAAUCAAAAUGGAGAAGUUGAAACAAGCUGUCUUGUGACAAUAUACGAAGCACCUUCAAGUAAAUUUGGCACACCGCCUAUAUUUACACGCAACAUUCGAGAGUACUAUCACUUACGCGACGAUGAGUUGACCAUCGAAUGUCACGUUCAUGGAGUUCCGCGUCCCGUUAUAACAUGGUGGAGAGGUGCCUUCCAAGUGAAGCCCAGCUACAAGUUCACUAUUUUGGAAGAGGCACAUGGUGUAUGCAAACUGCUGAUUUAUAAGCCUUCUAACAAAGACAGUGGUAUUUACACACUUAAAGCCUUGAAUUCUAUUGGAGAAGCUCAGAUAAAUCACACCGUCGAGGUGGCCAGAAAUCUGCACUAUCAUGUGCCAGGAAUUUUCCAUGCUCGUGAUAAGAUUCAACUGGAUAGUUUGCGCCAAGCCAAGAAAGCCAUGGAUGCCGCACUCAAAUCUAUGGCCGAGUCAGACCAGAAACGCGCUGAAGCCGAAGCAGAACAACAGCGUGUCCGAGCGGUUCGUGCUUCACCUGAGCCUUUGGUGCCUGCUAAACAAAAAUUGCAAUUUGCUACCCAAUUGCGGGACAGAAUGGCUCUAGAGGGAACCACCAUUAAGUUUGUCGCUACAGUAAUUGGACCAGAGCCAAAUAUGCGCUGGAUGAAGGAUGACAAAUGGGUGGUUGUCGGUGGUAACAUAAAGAAUCUAUCGGAGGAAGGCAAAGCCAUAAUUGAGAUAAGCAAUGUCACCUCCGCCGACUCGGGAGUAUACAAAUGCGUGGCCAAGAAUGACCUCAGCGAAAUAGAAACGUCUUGCUACUUCAAGGUGUACGCAGCGCAAGCGGAUGGCGACGAGCAAGAGCCCAUGUUUGCUUUGCCAUUGCGAGAUGUGUAUCAUUCUUCCCAAAACGAUUUAAUUAUCGAUACGAAGGUGCGCGGCAACCCGCGUCCCGUAAUCUCGUGGACGAAAGACCAGAUACCCGUAGUGCUUGACGAUCGCAUCGUUCAAAUUGAACAUUUGGACGGUGUGUGUGAGUUGAUCAUUAACAAGCCAACUGUGAAUGACAACGGAGUCUACGUGUGUGUAGCUCAGAACAAAUUGGGUAGCCAGUCCACCACCCACACGGUAGUUGUCGACACAACCCAUUCAUCACGCCGUUCUAGUAUUCUCUCCGCUAUGCAAGAAACCGGAGAAGGUGGUGCAGCCGCUGGAAAAGGCAAGGGUCCCAAGCCUCCAAAGAAAAAAGAGGAGGAUGCUGCCGACGCUGAAGGUGGCUAUGAACGCCGUAGCCGAUUGCCGGACCCUUCGCCUAAGCAAACGCUUUACUUUACGGUUAAUUUGUCAAAUCGCUACGUAGCCGAAGGCUCAAAGGUGAAGCUGCAAGCAGUUAUUGGUGGUCCCGAACCUAUCAUCAAGUGGCAAAAAGAUGACCAAAAUGUGCAGUACGGUCCACGUAUACGCAAUAUGAAUAGAGAUAGCUUGGCCGUGCUUGAGUUCUUAAACGCCCAGCCCGAAGACUCUGGCACCUAUUCAAUAAUUGCUCAGAAUGAGUUCUGUAAGAUAACAACCUCCGCAUUGUUGCACGUCUACCAGACAACGGUCAACACCGAUGUGCAGCCCGUGUUUAUCAGAAGUUUGAAAGAAACCUACCACCUUAAUACCAAUGAACUGAUUUUGGAAACUGGAGUUCGAGGUCAGCCUACACCUGAGGUUCAGUGGUUUAAAGAUAGCAUUGAGAUUCAAAGUGGUGGUCGUUAUCAAAUCUUGGAACAUCAAGAUGGCACUUGUGAGCUUAUUAUCGACAAGCCUGAUAGUAAAGAUUCCGGCAAAUAUGUUGUUAAGGCAGAAAGCAGAGCCGGCAAAAUGGAAAGUUCACAUUAUGUACUGUUCGAGGGACAAGCGUCCCAUAUCGCUGAUAAUAUUCAUGGCGUGUUUCAUGCGGACAAGAGCUUGUUGCGCCCUAAAGAGGUAGAGAAGCCGGUUGUGAAGCCGGUCGUGAAGCCGGCUGCCGACCCCCAGGCUGAACCAGAAACUGACUCAGAGGAUGCUAAGGGCAAGCGUCGCGGACGCAAGGCCGAUGAGGAUGAGGGCGUAUCAUCAGCAACUGAUUAUGCUUCAGAUACGGCCAGUCUUUCUAGCAAACGUCGUGAAAAAAAUAUUGGUAUACAUUUUAGCACUUCGGUGAGAGAUCGCGUUGUUGCCGAAGGGUCAAAGGUAAAAAUUUCCUGCUUCCUGGAGGCGAAGGAGCCCCAGGUUAAAUGGUUUAAAAACGACGAACAUAUUCAGAAUGGUCCGAAAAUUAGAGGACGUUACAGUGAAGGCCUUUGCCUUCUGGAAAUAACGAGCGCUACUGAAGAGGAUAACGGUGUUUACAAAUGUUGGGCUCGCGAUGAGACCGGUGAAGUUUCAACUUCCUGUAAACUUGAAGUUUAUGCGGAUCCAGGUACAGGAGAUGUACCCCCAACAUUUACUCGCAAUAUUAAGGACACUCUACAUGGCAAAAUAAACGAGCUCCAGCUUGAUGUGCACGUACGUGGCCUACCAACUCCAACAGUUACGUGGGUAAAGGAUGGAGUCAAAGUCGAAAAUAGUGAUAAAUAUCAACAAGUCGACCACGAUGAUGGCACCUCAGAGCUAUUCAUCAGCAACCCAAAACCAUCUGAUAGCGGAAAAUAUGUUUGCCAGGCUGAAAAUCGUGAAGGAAAAACGGAAAUUGUGCAUAUGGUUACUGUUGAGCCCCGUGUCAGGGCGCGUCCCACUUCACCACCUAGAGAAGCUAGACCACCACGCCCUGGUGCUGAAGUGGAUGCUGAGGCUGGAGAAGAAGGAGAGAAGAAAACCAAGAAACCAAAAGACGAUGAAGAAGAGCAAGGAAGUUCCAGGCGAGAGGUGCCGCCUCCACCAGAUCUAAAGAAGCGACUUUACUUCAGAAACUUCCUCUCCAACCGUACGGUGAAGACGGGAAGCAAUGUGAAAUGGAUGGUGAACAUUGACGGCCCGGAGCCAACUGCACGUUGGUACCACGGCGAUCAACCGAUAGCAUUCGGGCCGAAAAGUAAGAUGUCAAUGCAGGAUGGUAUAGCCUGGCUAAACUUGGUAGAAGUUACCGAGGAGGACGCAGGCGAAUAUACGCUAAAAGUAAGAGGAUCAGAAAACGAAAUUGUGAGCACUUGCAACUUAUUCGUUUAUAGCACGGGUAAAGUGGAGCUAAUCUCUCCCACCUUUACCGUGGGUAUCAAAGACACUUAUUCUCUGAACGAGAAUGAGUUAGUUCUGGAUUGUCGUGUGCGUGGCCAGCCACGCCCUGAAAUCCAAUGGAUGAAGGGCAACGACUUAAUAAUUAACGAUGAGAAAUAUCAGCAGACCGAUCAACCAGAUGGCUAUUCCAAGCUUCUCAUCAGAAACCCCACGGAAAAGGAUUCGGGUAUAUACUCGUGCGUUGCCCGCAACGAAGCUGCCGAGAAUAAAAUGACUCAUCAGGUGGACUUUAAGGGCCGUGAGCGCGUGACGCUUGAGAAGACGCACGGUUUCUUCCACCGUGAUCCGAACAAGCCGCACUUUGCCAUGCCACUUGGUAACCAGACGGUCUGCAAUGGUGGUACUGUUGCCAUUUCCGCUGAGUUCACUCAAACCAGCACUCCUAUUGAGGUCAAGUGGUAUCGCGAUCAUAAAUUAGUAGAUGGCCCGAACGUUAAGGCACUUGCGGACCGUGGCGUUUAUACACUAACCAUUACGAAUGCAACCCCUGACAUUGAGGGCUCUUACACUUGCCGGGCGUCCAAUGCUUUCGGUCGCAUUGAGUCCCACGCUAAUGUUGACGUUUCUAUGGGUGAAACCAAGGAUGAGAGGCCCCCGCUUUUCCUGUCUAGGCCUGACACCGAAAUGAAGAUUGCCGUGGGUGAUCCAUUCUCAUUGUCCUUCCGUAUUGCUGGGGAUCCAAAACCAAAAUUGACCUUCUUGAAGGGUACAAAGGAUAUCACCCAAUCCGACAGAAUCAGCAAAGAGGUGUCUGAUGACUAUACAAGAUUUAGUGUGCAAAAAUCCCAGAUCUCUGAUUCUGGUACCUACUUCGUUGUCGCCCGCAACAACUUUGGCACAGACAGAAUAUUCGUAACUGUGACGGUCUUGCCUCGCGCUCGCUCUGAAACCCCAACGCAGCCACGUCUAGGCCUUCCACUGGAAAGUUACAGCGAUACUUCCUACUUUAGAGAUCCUCCAUCCGCCAUAUCGACCGAGCCACUUGUAGUCGACUCUGGACCUAUGCAUAUUUCUUUGUCGUGGGGCAAGCCCGUUAGUACCAAUUCUGCGCCUGUAAUUGCCUACAAGGUGGAAUCCUGGAUUGUGGGGCAUGAGGGUGGUGCAUAUUGGCGGGAACUGGGCCUGACUCCGAUAAAUUCCUUCGACGCUUUUAAUCUGAAGCCUAAUUUGGAAUAUCAUUUCCGCGUUACACCAAAGAAUCGCUAUGGCUGGGGCCCCGCCGUUCAAACCAGCUCACCCUUGCAGGUGGGCGGUGUUGAGUGUCUGCCAGAGUUUGUGAAGAUUCUUCCGGGUCAGGUGAAGGCCCUUAUCUCUUCUUCCUUUACGCUGCAGUGCAAUAUGCGCGGGUCGCCGCGGCCACAGGUCCAUUGGUAUAAGGAUGGCAUACAACUGAGCGGCAUGUCGGACCGCAUUAGAAUUCGACAGAUCGGUUCCACCUGUGCUCUUACCAUAUCUUCUGUUGCCGAAUGCGACACAGGCCGUUACACAUGCGAGGCGACAAAUUCAAAGGGUCGCGUCUCAACAUUUGCGCGACUGCAGGUGGUUUCUGACCAACGGCUGUUCGAGGCCGAUUCGCGUCUCAAGGAAAUCGCACAAGCUCCUAGCAUGAAGGAUGUUGGCGAAAGCUUGCCGAUUUUCACGAUGCGUUUGCGAGAUCGCCGUGUCCAGGUCACCUAUCCUGUUCGUCUUACUUGUCAGAUUGUUGGCUAUCCUGCUCCAGAUAUACUCUGGUACAAGGACAACCAGCUGAUAACAACUGAUAGACGUUACCUUAUCUCUGUGGAUGGGCAAUUUUACACACUCGAGAUAGCCGCAACAACGCUGGACGACAGUGGAAUAUACACCUGUACGGCGAAGAAUGAGCUUGGCUCUGUGUCCUGCCACUGCACACUCGUUGUCGAUAAGGGCAUACGUGCAUACAUAUCACCCGAGUUUUAUGCACCCCUCGAUCCGUUCUACAUCUUUCCGGAGGGUGGCGAAAUACGACUGUCAACCAAAGUGGAAGCCUAUCCUGCAGUGGGCGUCACUUGGCAUCGGAACGGCAUGCGAUUGCGUCCAAGCCGUCGAAUUGCAGCCACGCUAGACUCGAGCGGUUUUGUCGAAUUGGUCAUUGCCGACGCAACACUGCGAGAUGCUGGCAUUUAUGUGUGCGUUGCCUCUAAUGUCGUGGGCAAGGUCGAGACUAUCUGCCGAGUUGCCAUCGAAGAGAGUCUGAAAAGCGAUGACUCUGCUACUUCACGUCCAAAAGAAAUUCCCAGUAUAACUACAACCGACAUGCCAUAUUCAAAGGAGCCCUUGUUUGUGGUCAAGCCCAGAUCUAGUGAGGCAUAUGAAGGCGACACCGUCAUCAUUUUCUGUGAAGUUGUUGGCGAUCCUAAACCUGAGGUGGUAUGGCUACGCGAUUUUCUAAAUCCGGAGUACUACAAAGACGCGCCACACUUUAAACGCAUUGGAGACGGUCCUGAGUAUCGCCUAGAGAUUCCAAGUGCGAAAUUAGACUUCACCGGCACAUAUUCAGUGAUUGCCAACAAUUGCCAUGGUGAGGCCAAGGCUGUGAUAUCAUUGCAAAUAUUCGCAAAAGACAUAUUAAAAGAGAGACACAUGGACAAGGGCCACAUACGCCAUGGCAAUAUUGAAACUCUUCCACGCUUUAUUCGCAACCUUCGCAAUUUACGCUGCUGCGAUGGCGAUUCUAUAUCACUGGAAUGUCAUGUUGAAGCCAUGCCUGACCCAUAUAUAAUAUGGGAAAAAGACGGCCGCGUGAUACCCAGCGACAACCAGGACUAUAUAAUGUCCUAUGAUGGUAUGAAAGCUACUCUGAGCAUACCGAAGGCAUAUCCUGAGGAUGAGGGCGAAUACACUUGUGUGGCGAAAAACUCUGUGGGUCGAACUCUUUCAUCGGCCUGCAUAAUUGUGGAUGUGCCAGAGGAGAAAGAAAAUAUGCUGAGUCAACAACUGAUGCGACCUACUGGUUUGCUUUCGGCACACUCAACGCCACGAUCCACUCCCCGGUCGACACCAAAUCGUAGUUUCUCACCCAUGCGACUUUCUUACAGAAAUAGCAGCAUCGAUCUAAGCUCCGUUGAUCGCCGAAGAAGCGACGGACGCUGCGCCAUUUCAGCUCCUAAAUUCCUUGCCAUUCCCUAUAACCGAGUCGUUGAGGAGGGCGAUAGCGUGAGAUUUCAAUGUGCCAUAGGUGGCCAUCCAACGCCUUGGGCAACUUGGGACAAGGAUGGCAUGAUUGUCACGCCCACCACUCGUAUUGCGGUCAAGGAAGUGGAUGAUCUGCGCUGGAUUGAAAUCGAUGAGGUGACCUUUGACGACGCAGGCCUUUAUCGCGUUACUUUGGAGAACGAUUUCGGCCGGAUUGAGGCAACGGCACGUCUGGACGUAAUUAGCAGUUCACGAUACGGCAAGUCGCCAUCGACUCGUAGCGUACGUGCCUCCUCUUCCCGACGCAAUGCGUAUUUAUACAGACGCAUUAUGGGUCCAUCGACAGCCAUUGGCGGGCGGAUGGCCUUGGCCAGUGGUUUCCGUGGAUCGUCAGUGCCUUCGGCUCGAUUUUAUCACAACAACCUGGAACUGGAGCCGUCAGAACGCAUACAUAUUAUAGUGCAGGAAGACGAGGCCCUGCUUUUCGUUGACAAUGUGACUCCUGCCGACGAGGGCGUCUAUACCUGCAUUAUUAGUGGUGACCAUGAGCCACUGAUCAGUUCUACUUACGUAAAGUUCCACGACGAUGACACGCUGCAAAGUUGCAAACGUGCUACCAUUAUUGAACCCCUCCCUGAGGUUACGCAAUCAGUUGAAGGCGAAGUUAUUGAUCUCUGCUGUGCUAUAGACUCCAGUGAGCCCUACAGCUAUGUGUGGCUACGCAACGGCGAAAUUCUGCCCGACAGCGACGAGUUCAACUACAUCGAUCAUGGCAACGGCUUGAUUUGUCUGCGCAUCAACGAUGCCUUCGAUAUUGACUCGGGCAUCUACAGCUGUCAGGUAUACACUGCUAGUGAUACUUGCGAUUGCUCCACCAGUGGGGAGUUGUGCAUUCAAGAGCGAGACUUAGUGCGGGGAGAUGAAAGUAUUCAGCUGCUUAAAACACCGCUGCCGGUUGUGUGUGCGGCUGGCUCAGAAGCUCUUUUCUAUGGCCGUAUUUACCCAUGCGAAGCGGAAGCUCAAUGGUAUCUCAAUGGGAAGCUCAUUGAAGAUGACUCACUUAACAUGACGUUGGAGUCAUAUCCAGAGAACGGAAUUCGCUUGCUGCGCAUGCGAAACGUGAAAUUGGCCCAAAGUGGCGAGAUAAGACUGCAAGUGAAGGGUGAACGGGAAAAGCCUGCCGUGCGUAGCUAUACAAGUCUGUUGGUGCUGCCAGUGGACGGUGGCGACAGGACCAGUACGUCGGCAUACAGCUCACCACUGGCCUCCAGGAGCUGCAUUUUGUGUAGGCCAGAAGACUGCACCGCUUUAAUUGGUGGCCAUGUCAAGCUAAGCGUGAGCUACGAGCCAUUCCUCAACACAAAGGUCGUUUGGUAUAAGGGGUGCCGUCCCAUUGCCGAGGGUGCCAAUGUAACUAUCAAGACAACGGCACAACAAUCAACACUCUACAUUACGACCAUAUCGGCCGAUGACAGCGGCAAGUACACGGUGGAGAUAAUGAAUGAAUUUAGCACGGAAGCGGCAGCAGCCUCGGUGGCCGUGGAAGGACCACCGGAACCGCCGAGUGGCCAACCCAGUAUAUCCCAAGGACCAGAUCGCGUCGCCAUUGCGUGGUGUGGACCGCCUUACGACGGCGGUUGCAUGAUCACAGGCUUCAUCAUUGAGAUGCAAGCUUCUAAGCCAAAUGCCACCCAGGAGGAUUGUGAUAACAAUUGGCAGCAGAUAGCUACUGUCGUGGACUCCCUGGCAUAUACUAUCAAAAACCUGCAACCCGAAAUGUGCUACAGAUUUCGAGUUCGAGCCGAAAACAUCCAUGGACGUAGUUCACCCAGUCAACCCAGUGAAUUAGUGCAAGUCGGGACACGUUCAGAAGGCUACAAUCAACCCGUGAGUGUGCAAGGAGGUGGUGAUUUUAAAUCACGUUUUGACAUCAUCGAGGAAUUGGGAAAGGGUCGCUUCGGCGUUGUGUACAAAGUACAGGAGCGGGAGCAUCCCCAACAACUGCUUGCCGCCAAAAUAAUUAAGUGCAUAAAAGCACGCGACCGGCAAAAAGUGCUCGAGGAGAUUUCAAUCAUGCGCUCCCUUCAGCAUCCCAAGCUAUUGCAGCUAGCAGCUUCAUUUGAGAGCGCUCGUGAAAUCGUCAUGGUCAUGGAAUAUAUCACCGGUGGCGAAUUAUUCGAGCGUGUGGUUGCCGAUGACUUUACAUUGACUGAGUUGGACUGCAUUUUGUUUCUGCGCCAGGUGUGCGAGGGUGUGGCUUACAUGCACAGCCAGAGUGUUGUACAUCUGGACUUGAAGCCGGAAAAUAUUAUGUGCCACACUCGUACGAAAUCCAAUCAUCAGAUUAAAAUUAUUGAUUUUGGAUUGGCUCAGCGUUUGGACACGAAGGCGCCUGUUCGAGUGCUAUUCGGCACGCCAGAGUUCAUUCCCCCAGAAAUCAUUAGCUACGACCCGAUUGGCUUCCAGUCUGACAUGUGGAGCGUUGGUGUUAUUUGCUAUGUACUGCUCUCAGGACUUUCGCCAUUCAUGGGAGAUACGGAUGUGGAGACAUUUUCGAAUAUAACACGUGCCGAUUACGACUUCGAUGAUGAAGCAUUUGAUUGCGUUUCCCAGGAGGCCAAGGACUUCAUUUCAAACCUGCUCGUAUAUCGGAAGGAAGAGCGGCUGACCGCUUUACAAUGUCUCGAAUCCAAGUGGCUUUCCCAGGGCCAUGAUGAUAAUCUCAGCAAUAACCGAAUCUGCACUGACAAGUUGAAGAAGUUCAUCAUUCGACGCAAGUGGCAGAAAACUGGUAAUGCAAUAAGAGCUCUUGGUCGUAUGGCCACCUUGUCGGCUUCAAGGCGUAACUCUGCCAUAUCUACGGUUGCUUCGCUGCCCAGCAGUCCGCGGCCCUCGAUCUCCGGUAUAUCCAUGUUCAAUUCCAAUCUGACCGGCACGCAAAUGGCUUCGCUUAACGAGGAGGAGGACGACUUUAGUGUCGAGAUUCCCAAUGUGGAGCAGCAGAAGAGAUUGCAACGCACUCUGAAGCUGCGCGACAAGUCGCAGUGCAGCGAACGCAGCGACUCGGGCUAUAGUGAGUGCUCCAAUUGCAGCCUGGGGGCGACUCAUGCCACAGCAUCAACAUCGUCAGCGUGUGUACAGGACACGCAAUUGCUCUCUGUAGCAGUUCCACACACCUUGCUGAAGUCGAAGCUAGAGGAAAUUGCCAAGCAUAAUGCAACCGAAGUUCAGACUGAAAGUACAGCUGCCUGUUUGAAUCAGAUGGAGGACGAAUUGGUGCAAUUGCAGUUGCAGGUUAAUGGAACCAAUGAGCACAGUGUUGCUGUGCUCGAGCUAGAAACUAGUCCGCCCGCCUGUACAACAAUAAAAGGUGAAACCAUAAUGCCUUCGGACUUCACCAAUACCAUUAAGAUGCGCAAAAAGUCGUUGGAGAACAGCUUCUCGCGGGACAAAGUGAAGACGCAUCCCAAACCCCUCUGCGAGACCCGGGGUAAAGUGUCGCAGCUGAAGAGCAAAUUCCAGCAGUCAAGCCCUAAGUCAUUCGCUGUUAACAAACCAAAGCCUAACGCUAAUCGCAGCGCCUACGAGCUCACAAAAAACGCCUCAUUAGCAAGCAUGGAGCGCAUUAGUAAAAAAGUUACAGUGCCAGCAACAGCAGCAACGACAGCAACCACCAGCAGCACCACUAAAACGAAACCAAACCAAACUAAAUCCAUGCCCAGCUCCCCGUUGCCCCAGCGCUCCGCAACGCCGACGAGGCUGAGCAAUCGUGUCCGUGAGACAACAGCUCGACUUGCCCAACAGCACACGGUUGCCAGUGCGCAGAGGCAAGAGUCACGAGUACGUGGCAACAAUACGGCAAGCAUCAUCAGUAGAUUCAACGAAACGAAACAUAUCACGUCGUAGUUUUAAUGUGACUUAAAAGAUGAUUAACUUUAUUGCAAUAUCUUCUUUUUUGUUUGUUUGUUUGUUUGUUUACACAAAAACCCGAACACUCGAAUAGUAGCAUACACAUUACAGAGAGGCAACAACAAAUGCGAGUACACAGAAAUCUGCAAGCGCACCAACAAAAACGCACGCUGCACUUAGGCUAGGCGAACCUAUUUAAUUGAUCAAUUUAUACAUAUACAUACAUACAUACAUACAUACAUAUUUACCAUACUAAUUAAAGGCUAAAGUUAAUGUAAAA